UAUGAGACAAAUACUGUCAAAUCGGAAAAUCAAAUUUUUUGUUAAGAUUUUGUAAAGUAUGGCAAUAUUUUUAUUUAAUACAUCUUGUGCUUCUCCAUCUUAGAAUACCGUAAGAAAUACUAGAUUGAAAAAAAAUAGAUGAUUUAAAUUCUGGAAUGGAAUUGGCGCUGAUCAUAGCUCUCGCCUGUACUGCUGGUAGCGCAGAACGCUAUGAUGAUUACUCCAGCGCACGUAUGCCAGACUAUCAUAUGCAUAACGAAGAUUCACGAGAUGAUUACUCAGAACGACCAUCAGACAUCUCAGCGCCACCUCUCGACUAUUCAUACGAAGAUGAAAGAAGAGAAAGAGCUGCUCAGAAUAUAGAACACGAAAGAGAAGUCGGUGAUGUAUGGCAUAAAGAGCGUAAGAAAAAUAAACCAGUAGCAUUUGUAGAAGAUUAUAAUAGUCAAGAUUUAUAUAAGUACUCCAAUACGCCAGAUGAAGAACACAAGUUAUAUGCUAGACGUCGAGACGAUUCUAAUAGACUGCACAAUAGACGUAAGAAAAUAGAUACUAAAGAUGAACUUUACUCUAAAAAUAGCCGAAGUAGAUUUAUCGACGAAGAUGUUCCCUAUAAUGACCAUUUACAAGGAAUCGAGGAGGACAUGCUAGAAAACAAAAGGGAUAUUAAGGAAAAAAAGAAAACUGUGCACCGCCAUAAUAUUGUAAAUAAUAGAAAAGUUAAACGACGAAAAACAAGGAACCGAGAGAAUACCGAUAUACUUGAUAGCGAGGACGUCUUGACUGCUGAAAAAGUAUUUGAUGUAGAUGAGAGGGUAGACAAUGAAAAGAGAAAAUGGGACUUGGAUGAGCCUCGAGCGCUACAACCAGCACAAGACGAUGACAUCCGUUUGAAACCAAAUGAACGAAGAGCUGGUAAAGGUUACGCAGAUUAUGAUCAAUACAAUGAUAUGAAAAGGGUCGAGAGAAUCAAAAACAAAAUGCCAGCGCUUCUUCAUCGAACAACAGUGAGAGAAUUCAUGGCUCCGAGCGCUCGACCAAUUAUUGACUGGCCGUUACGUCGGGCUAAACUUCCAGACGAACCAGAAGACUCUAAUAAUUACAGAAAAAAUUUCCCAAUAGAUGCUUCAAUUACUAAAUCUUCUAUUAUUCCUAAAGUGUCGAUAUUUGGUAAAACAACAACUAACAAUGGAGAGGUAAUAAUAACGAAAGGUAUUGUUAGUGGGAGUUCUGAACUAUCUUUAGCUGAGAAAUCUAAGCUGUCAAUUCUUAAAAAAGCACAGAGAAAAGAAAUAUUACCAAACGUUACGAUAACGACAAAACCACCCGUACUUAUGCUUGUUACGCAGCGCAUGCAAACAAUGGUGAUGGUUGAGCCACCACAGUCAAAAGUAGAGCGUUUGAGACCACGAGAAAUAUCAGAAGACACACCUGAACGUAUUGCCCGAGCUAAGAAGCUGAUGCGACAUAAGUUGCUCUCAAAUGCAAAGAAUAUUCAUGAGCUGAUCAACAAUUGGGACGAUAUGGUUUGCGACUACAUCGAUGUUUCUCUGUUGAAUGAAGCUGCAUGGAUAAAAACUCCUUCCUUACUUCUUUUUUUUUCUUAUUUAAGUUCUGCUUGGGUCUUUGACUGAGGAAUUCAUUUGUGUUAUGUACCUUUUGUGAUCACAAUUUGAAAUAUAA